AGGCUGACUCUCGUCUCACCGUGCUACCGCCAGUAAACCGAAGCCCAGUGGCAGACUUGCGGGCUUGAGCCUUAGCAGAGGGCCCGGGUCGCGAGGCCUGGGAAACCGGCCACUGAGAUGCAAAUGCGGCCGCCCUAGCUUUGGGCCGUGUGUCCGGUUGCAAGGACCUCGUUCACCAUCGGUUACCCAGCUCAGAGCACAGACAUCAACAAAUACUUGUUGAAGAAGUGCCAACUAAAUGCUGGGAGGGAAGAAAGCCCCCUUGACUUCCUGUAACGGUUGUCCCCGCCUACUCCUUUCCACUUCCAGGUCAGGGAGGAGUCCGGGGCGACGACGAAUUAUGGAGAAGCGCCUGCAGGAAGCUCAGCUGUACAAGGAGGAAGGAAACCAGCGCUACCGGGAAGGGAAGUACCGAGAUGCCGUGAGGAGGUACCAUCGAGCCCUGCUUCAGCUGCGCGGUCUGGAUCCGAGUCUGCCCUCCCCGAUACCUAAUCUAGGACCUCAGGGCCCGGCUCUCACACCUGAGCAAGAAAACAUCCUGUACAGCACCCAGACAGACUGCUACAACAAUCUGGCUGGUCUUGCUCCAAAUGCAUCGCUGAUUAAAGCCUGCCUCCUUCAGAUGGAGCCAGUGAACUAUGAACGAGUGAAAGAAUACAGUCAGAAAGUCCUGGAACGACAGCCUGGUAAUGCCAAGGCCUUGUAUCGGGCUGGAGUGGCCUUUUUCCACCUGCAGGACUAUGAGCAGGCUCAGCACUACCUCACGGCCGCCAUCAGCAGACAGCCAAAAGACACCAAUGUCCGGCGGUAUCUCCAGCUGACACAGUCGGAACUCAGCAGCUACCAUCAGAAAGAGAAGCAGCUCUACCUGGGCAUGUUUGGUUAACAAAGAUGUGCCUCCGCUUGAACUUAGGUGGACAGUUAGAGAUCCAUCAAGGGGAGACCUGAGACCCAGGAAGAGAAAUUAACCCCAGACAUCUGACCCACAUGGAUUUUUGUUUUGUUUUGAGCCCUGCACAAACUUUUUCCUACUUACACAGGCUGUGUCUUUAUUUGUCCAUCCAUCUUUAUAUUUGUAUAGUUUUUGAUACAUGUUAUUCUGGGGCAUUUUUUUUUUAAUGUGGGAAAUACAACCAGAAAGCAUUCAUCUGCUGUGGAUGUAAUUAAUCGUAUCUGUGGCGUAGCUUUUACUGACAGAUGUUGUUAGAUGUAUUCACUUGCAGAGGGGAAAACUAGCAGAGGAUGAAAUAGUAAGGAUAGGUGGAAAGGAUUUUGUUGCUUUGCUUCCUCAGUUAUACAGGCUACAAACUGGGAAAUAAAUUUGUUUUGUGAAACAAGAAAAUUAUAAAUUGGGCCCAAAUGUAUUAAAAUGAAAGUUUUGAAAUCAGUAUAAUUUAACUUUGGUUAAAUUAAGUCCUUAUUCUCCAUAAUACUCCCCACACAUUCAGAUUUUUUUUCCCCUACAAAGGUAUCUGAUUCCUAUUCUCUCUCUGGGUAACUUCUAGUCCUUACAAUUGAUCAUUCUCAGAUCAUUUAUAUAGCACACUUAUUUAUUUUUUCACUAAACUGUUCUAUCUUAAAGCCUCUGAAGUCAAGCACUUAAGUAUUUAUUUAAUAAUCCUUUAGUCCUCAUGCCAACUGAAUAUUUUAAUUUUUAAAAGGUGCAUAUCCAUAGUAUGCUCGUUUCUCUAAAAAACAAAGAUCACCAAGUCUUCUAGAAACAAGAACAUAAUAAGGCGGCAUAAAAACAUAAAUCUAUUUUUUACCUGUCACCCUGUAGUUUAUAAGAGCUCAGGUCCUUCGAGAAGAGGGACACAAUGAGUGGGGCUCUCCUUCCUUAGUGUCUUUUAAGCGCCGGAUGGAAAUGUCUGAUAACUGUGUUGGGUGAGGUUGCAAGUUGCAGAUCUGGUACAGUCAUGGCUCAGGAGGAGGCCCCAUUAACCCAGAGCUCCUUUGUCAUCCUGUGUAUUCUUUGUGGAUGAUAUUUUACAGAGCAGAUGAGAUUAUAGCACCUUUAUGAGUGGAUGUCAUCAGCAUUUGUUAUGAGCCAUCAUCUAACCACAGGACAAACAUUUCAGGGGGGAAAAGAACAAACACCUUAAUCUUGCCAACUAUUCACAAAUUCUCCUAAUCUCUCAAUAAGCUAGAUAAUAAGCUAAACAUCUUCAUUCCAAAUAAGCUAAAGUCCUCUCUAUACCUCCCUGUACCCUCAAAACACAACCAAAUAGGCGUAUGAUGUUUUCUACCAAAUAAUGUGAGGAAAUCCAAGGACAGAACUAACAGAAGUACUUUAUUCCUCUCUCAAUCUUAAGUUUCUUUUAAGCCUAGGUUUGUAGACAGAAGUUUAUCAUGGUUGCAUGCUUUGUUGCUUUGGGCUGGUUUUGCUUUCUGACUUUUUGGUAUUUUAUAUACUUGGUAUAAGCUAUCUUCUGCAUCAGUGAGGAAAAAAUAUGAUACUUAAAAGCUCAUUUUAAGAAUUUAUUGCACUAAUACUUUAUUAGUGCUACUAAGAGAGCAGAGUGGUCAGGUUACAUUUCAGUUUUCAUUAUUUCUAUGCCCAUUCCUAAUUCAGAUGUUAAUGAAAAGGAAAAUGGACAAAGGUAAGCAGUCUCAUGGGGGUCCUUAGGUGUGGCAAACCUACCAGGUGAAGGGAUCAGCCAGCAGGUAUCUAAAUUUCUGUACAUGGAAGUUCGUGGCGCGGUGGGCUGCUCACCUUGCUUGUUCUUAAUGUUUUCCACACCAGAUUUGAAGGUUUGAAUGAAGACAAAGGAUUUGCAGUGGAUGUUGAAGGAUCAUACAUUGGCACCUAAGAGACAGUUGAGAACAGUAUUUCCCAAACUCAAACCCACCACUUUACAAUUGUGCCACAAAUACAUGAUAUCUCUUAUUACUAUUUAGUCAAUAUUUUAUUUAAAUAUUUUUGAAGGAGUCUUUGAACAGAGGAACAUGUUAAAUGAUACCAUGGGGAUGCAAUCAGUGAAAUUAAGACAAAUAACCCAGUUUCUCCAACCACUAAAUUACAAGGGAUAAAAGGGGAAACCCACCAAUUAAGAGGUUUAAGAGACAUCAAAUAAAUAUGUAACUCGACUUUGGAUUUGAUUUUUAAAAAAAGUUUAUGAGAAUCAGGGAGAUUUGAGCAAGAAUUAUUGCUAGUUUUGUUGAAUGAGAUAUUUGGUCUUUUUAAGGAGUCCUAGAGUUGCAAACUGAAACUGCUUACUGAUGAAAUGGGGGAGGAGGACUUGAGAGCAUUUUAUAUCUCUUGCCAGACUUAC